GUUUCUUUGGGUUUUGCUUGUGAGUGCCUCUUCUCAGCAAGCUUUCCAUCAUGAUUGAGCCCUUCUUGGGAACCUGGAAGCUGGUCUCCAGUGAAAAUUUUGAAGAAUACAUGAAACAACUGGGAGUGAGUGACACACUCCGGAACCUGGCGGGGUUAGCAAAGCCGAGAAUCAUUAUUAGCGCCGAUGGGGCCAUGGUGAACAUCAAAACAGAAAGUUCUCUGAAGAACACGGAGAUCUCCUUCAAGCUGGGAGAACAAUUUGAUGAAACCACGGCAGACAACCGGAAAGUAAAAAGCAUCAUAACAUUACAUGGUGGCUCAAUGAUUCAUGUCCAAAAAUGGCUUGGCAAAAAGACAACAAUCAAGAGACAAAUUGUAGAUGGAAAAAUGGUAGUGGAAUAUACCAUGAAUAAUACCGUCAGCACUCGGAUUUAUGAAAAAGUGUGAAGAAAGUGUCUACAUCAGUGAAAGCCUGGUCACUAGCAGGAAACUGGAACUUGAAGAAGAUAUGCCUCAGGGUCAGUGAUUACAAAAAAAUGGCUUAGCAUAAAUUUGCUCAAUAAAACCAUCAAAUUAA